AUGAAAAAUCAUGGUGGACUAGAGAUAGGUGAGCUUGUUGGGGAGAUUCAAAUCAGCGAUGAAUAUCAUCAAGAGGAAGAACAGAAGAGUAAAGACUCUGAAAGAGAGCAAAACAUUGGAGAAACAAAUGGAAAUAUGAGAGGCAGG